AUGUAUUCGAAUAAAACUUUUAAAGUUACUUCAAGCAGCGCUAAUAAAGUCGGCUCUACUACACGCAAGAUAAGAAAAGCGCAAGCACCAUCUUCUAAAAUGCUUGAUAUCGAAUACAAUGACUAUUCCUCAUUUGCCAAAGUCAAAUUACCCGAAAUUAAUGGAAACCCUACCACUGGCAAUGAGAUGAAGGAGGCUAGCUGUGGUGUCCCAAUUAUCCCAGAAGGACGUAAAUCGCAGCUUAUCUAUCAUACCCGAACUCCCUCCUUGAAACGGAAGAAUGAUGAAGGUUUAGCCGCUGAACUUCAAAGAAAUAUAAGAUCAUUUCAAAAAGAUGAUAUUACAAAAAUUCCUUCAAAGAGAUCAACAAUAUGUUGUGGUUCUUUAAAAAAACUCUCUUCUGUUCGUACGAAUCAAUCUGAAUCUAUCGAACGAGUAACUAAGCAUCUUCCUCCGAAGACAAAAUUUACCUCUUCUGAAAUUGAAGUAAUGAAUUUAAGGAACGAAAUACUUAGAGCUAGGAUAGAACUAUAUAUCAAAGAACAAAUUGAAGCUCUUAACAAUACUAUGCAACUUCAAGAUGAUACACCGGAGGUAGAAUACGAACCCGAUCAAUUCAUGGUUGAAGAAGAUCAUACUUCUUAUAAAGAUGUUCAUAUGGCUGAAAUUAAGGAUAGUUUAAUGAAUAUCCGACAAUAUUGUGAAGCAAUGCAAUCCAUGAAUGCAAAUUUGAAUUCUGAAGUUAAUCAUUAUAAAAAUGAUUUAGAAUUAAAUAAAAAUGUAAAAGAACACCCUCGUAGAAAUUUCCAUGAACAUAAAGGAAAUAUUAAAGUAUUUUGUCGCGUACGUCCACCUGUAUUAUCUGAAUGUGAAGAUAUCGCUGAUAUUCGAUUUCCUCCAUAUUCUUAUGGCAAAAAAAUUUCUCUUGCUUCUAUUAAAAGAAAUUAUUGGGGUGUAGAAAGGGAAACUUUUAAAGACUAUAAAUUUGAUAAGGUCUUUGGUGCUUCUGCAACACAAGAAGAAAUAUAUACUAACGUUGCUCCCAUAGUUCAAUCAGUUGUUGAUGGAUCUAAUGGUUGCAUUUUCGCAUAUGGUCAAACUUGCUCUGGUAAGACUUAUACCAUGCAAGGACCACAAGAUCCAACUAUUUAUAAUGAAGGCAUGAUUCCACGUGCUGUUCGUCAGAUAUUUAAUCAUGUUGAUGAAUUAAAAACUCAAGGUUGGGAAUAUGAAAUAGAAGGUCAAUUUAUCGAAAUUUAUAAUGAUAAUAUUCGUGAUUUGCUCUCUGAUGAUCCUUCUAAUCAUCGUGGUAUCAAAUUUCGAACAAUUCAUGAUGAACAAACUGGCACGACUAUGGUCAAUAAGGCCAAAACUGUGAAUCUCGAUUCAGUUGCGACUCUUAAUUGGGUUUUACAAAUGGCCGCCAAAAAUAGGGCCGUUGCAUCAACAAAAUCCAAUGCUAACUCAUCUCGAAGUCACAGUAUUUUCAUGGUUCGGUUAAUGGGUACAAAUACAAUUACCGGUGAAAAUCGAAUUGGAACAUUGAAUUUGGUUGAUUUGGCUGGUUCAGAACGUUUAUCAAAAUCCGGUUCACAAGGAGAUCAUUUACAAGAAGCGAGAUAUAUUAAUUCAAGCUUAAGUCACUUGAAAACUGUGAUUCAAUGUAUCAAGGAAAAGUCGGAUCAUAUUAAUUUUAGGAAUUCGACUUUAACUUGGCUUUUGAAAAAUUCUUUGCGUGGUAAUGCCAAAGUUCUUAUGUUUGUCCAUAUAUCACCAUUAGAAUCAGCAAGAGCCGAAACCGAAAGCAGUUUGGAAUUCGCACGUCUUUUACGAAUACCACAAUGUUCCCAAUUUCAUUUAUUGUAG